GCGGAAAACACAAACCAGAUUGCUGCGCCCAUGUAAGAAUAGGGGGGAGAGAGUCGGGGAGAAUGGUGAAGAGAGGAUCUGCCGGGCGGUCAGUCCCGGAUAAAGGAUUAAGUCAAUGCAACGUAAGGUCUGUGGAUUUUGUGGAGAGUCCACGUAGGACAUGUAGUAUGCGUCAGUCCAUCCUGUCUGACGUCCUGUCCGCCAUGGCCUGUCUCAUGGAACGGACAAAGACUCAACAGCCGUCCUGUCUCACAGAUCAGUGGAUCGUCGGUCUAUGAACCCUAGACCCUAAACCCUGGACCGACUUGCACUUCUGACAGUAGGAACGCACAGCCGGACAUUGAUUGAUUCGCCAGCCCAUGUGUCUGUCUCUGUGCCUGUGCUGGCUGUUUGUCAGGCCACCCUCAUUCGCCAGAGGCUCAGGGUAUGCACCCACACGAAGAACCAGCAGACAGACAGGCAGACAGACACAAGGAACAACACACCAGGCCCCACAUUAACGGAUAUCCCUUUCAGGCUUUGGGCCAGGCCGCGCAUGGGGCCACAUUUGCUCCUGCUGCUCCCGUUGCUGCUGCUGCUGCUGCACGAGGUGGUGAACAGGAGAACAAAGCCACACACACAUACACUGACAGGAAUUGAGCACCGUGUUGUCCCUCUUUUUGUCCUUGGUUAUUCGUUCAGGUCGUGGUCGUGGUCGGGGCGGCGCACCCGGCUACGGCCGUGGCGGCAUGGCUGCGGGCGGCCGGGGGGCGACGCUGGCUGCGGGCGGGGGGAGAGGGGCACCGAUGCCUCCCCUACCCCCACCCAGCGGCCUCGCACCCAUUCCCGCUUGGUGUGUGUGUCCGCGGCGUGACGGCGGCCAAGGGCGCGGGCAGAAGGACCGGAGCACUUGCAUCAGUGUGAGCCAUAGGCGGGCAAAACUACAUACACAUGCACCAAAAAUGAGUGCAGCGCCCCUGUCUCUCUCUUUUUCUGUGUAUUCUGUAUUCAGCUGCUCCGGAUCGCUGUCUACAUCUUAUAUUGUGAAGCAUUGGUUUUCAUCGAGGUCGUUGGCGCACCUUCGUUGAUUGAGGGUCGCCUGCUUGUCCAUAUGUGCAUCAGUCCAACACGAAUAUAUAUAGUUUGCUGUAUCUAACACUGGUGAGACAUGCACAGGACAUCAACAAAACAGGUGCUGCGCCACGCCAUGACCGCACUGGAAUAGCUGUGUCCGCCAAA